AGUCGCGCGUCUUCGUCCUCAGCGCGCAUCGGGGUCACGCCGUUUGACGUCCGCCGCCGGGGCUGGCUGCAGGUCGAAAUAAUUGUUGAGCCGUUUCCGCGAGAAAGAGUUGCAGUUUUUUUGCUGGCGGAUCGAAUCGAACGUCUUCCCGUCAACACAGUGUUGGGGGGGUCGUGGUGCGGCAUCUUGCACACCGGAGACACGGAGCGGAUAUAACCAGGCUGCGCGGCCCUCUCCGUAACAGUACCAGAGCCAGGAUUGUUGGCGUUGUGAGCCAGCGAACGAUCAAAGUUGGCUGAGUAGUUUCACGCUAAAGAUAAAGCAACACAGUUGCUGAAUCUUUCAUCGUGCAGAUUCCACACGAGCUACAUCAUCGUUCACAUCGAUGCCGCUAGCAGCUACCGCACGCAUUCCAUCAUUCGGUUACGGAUUGCAAACAACUUCAAGAAGGCGAAGGAGACGACGAGCAGUGAGAUCAACCCGGCAACAAUAGUUGCAACAUCUGUGCUAAGAAAGUUUUCCCGACCAGCUUCCGAGAGCGAAACAAACGCAUAAAAGGUGCAGAUUAAGAAAUAGCCAAGCGUCAACAAAAAGUAUCAACCAGUCGACGCGAAGUGUGUGCCGGAAAAAACCGGAAGCUAUCGGGCAAAAAAAGUAGAUAUAUCGUAAAGAACGGCUCAGUUCCAGUUACUUUCACGCUUAAACGCGUGCACUAUAUCGCUAUUAGUGUGCGGAGAACAAAAAACCAUCGCAAAGGGAACGGAACGCAGCAAAGAUGCAGAAGAAAAUAAUACAACAGACGACGAUACCGUCGCAAGUGCGGAAGAUUUUCACGACAUCAGCCAACCAUCAAACGCAGCAACAGUCGAACAUGCAGCUGAACAUGGCAAAAAAGAUCAACAGUCUGCUGCAGAGCGGUUCGGUCAGUGUGACAGGCAUUCCAUCCGGCCAGCAGCGUGUUUUGCCGAAGAAGCCAAUGCCAUCAUCAACGGGUGUUAUGAUCUCGAACAGCAAUAGCAGCAGUUUUGCGACGAGGCAGCAAAAAUGUUACAUCUGCGGUGAAAACGCGGGUCUAAACGCGACUGUCCUAUCCGAAGCAUCGACCACAACAACGCAAACCGAGUACGUGAUCAAGCUGGCGAAAUUGAUCGGACCGGACUAUUCGGUCGUGCUGACGAGGGAUGACGUCAUUUGUCGCCGGUGUAUUAUGCUGCUGAAUCAGGUGGAUAAGAUAGAAUCGGAGCUGGACACACUACGCGGUACGUUGCUUAGUUUCAUCCAUAAAAAGAACAACAUCCCGGAUGAUGGAGAUGUAUCGGGUUUGGUUGGUUCACCACCGGCUAAGAUGCCGAAGCUAACGCCCAUUAGUACGUCUGGUACGGGCGGAACGGUCGCAACACCAGCCGGUAACAUAACGUACAGCGUAAAAACGAUUGCCGGCCAGCAACAGAUGGUCGAUGCUAAUACCUCCGGUGCCAGCUCUGAUCUGAACACUAGCAACACGUCGGAUGUCGAAGCUCAGCUUACGAGCAUGUUCGAGAAGAAUGCCUCGUCGCCGGGCACGUCUGGCCAGCUGACGACGAAGCAGCACAUUGUGGUAACCUCAAACAACGGCGGCACGGUAAGCGUGGGAGAAAACGCACAGGGUGGCAUGGGUGCCAACCGGAAGGGUACCAAGCUGUACAAGUGUAUACCGUGCGGAUUCAAAACGGCUGACCUAGCCCAAUUCCAACCACAUUACGCAACCUGUCAGCCACGGAAUAAUGCCCUAGCGGCCCAAAACGCUAGUGCGGUAAACACUUCCACAACCACCACCACCACAACCACCGGGUACCGAUGCCGAACGUGUAAGCUUUUGUUUGCCAAUGUCACCCUGCUGAAACAACACAUGAUGCAGGAACAUCAGCAACAGUUGCACCAGCCGCAUCAGAAAACCAUUGUCACCACAUCAUCAUCCGGCGGUGUGACGGCACAGGACCAGCAGCAUGGUGCGACCGCUGCUGCAACCACCACCUUGUACUCCUGCACCGUGUGCAAUGCCUUCAAGACGCCGGACAAGCAGACGUAUGAUGACCACUUGCGGAAGCACAUCAAGUUAAAGCCGUUCAAGUGUCGCGUCUGUCUGAUGCGCUUCGAAUCCCGCGAACAGGCGUCGAUCCAUGCGAAACAGCACCAGCCGGACUAUUUCAAGUGUGGCAUUUGUAAUGUGACUUUCAGCAAGCGCGAACAACUGAUGAACCAUCUCGAGGUGCACGAGCCAGCAAAGAAGAGCGCGAAACAACCAGCACAGCAACAGGAACAACAGCAGCAGCAUCAUCAACCGCAGCAGCCGCAACAACAACAGCAGCAGCAACAGCAACAGACAGGAGAUUCCUCUACGCAGAAACUGUUGCAAGAAUCGAUCGAUGAGGCGUUACGGGACUCGAUCGCCGAUUCAAAGGUGAUCGAAUUCCACACUUGCAAUUCCUGUUCGCUCACCUUCCUGAGCGAAAAGCUGUACACGCAGCACAUUAAGACGCACGCACACGCCACGGCAACCACACCGGCGGUCGUUACGACAGGGUUGGCACUGCAGCAACAGCAGUCACACCAAGGGCAGUCGCAACAGCUGCUGCUGACAAACAGCACUACCGCGGGCAGGAAAUCGAUGGCAGGAGCAAACAGUGCAACAACUACGACCGGUGAUGGUGGCGUCAGUAGUACGAAGAUUCUUACCACGAGCACCACGACUAGCGGUGGAAACGCCGGUUCUAACACCAUUUCCGACGGUGAUCUCGAAAGCAUCUUCGAACGUAUGCACUCCGACUCGAAGGGGAACGAAUCGAGCGCAACGGGAACGACGUCGGAGAGUGGUGGCAGUAUGGUUAUAACCAAUCAGGACGGUACGACGGGUAACAUUACGUUCAACAUUACACUACCCCAGCAAGAGGAAGGAACGUUCGUACAGCAGCAACAGGAUCACCAACAGUCGGUCGGUAUCGAUAUGCCUACGCUCGAUCAGGGUGAUGAUCAGCAGCAACAACCACAGCAGAAAGAGCAACUCCAAAACAUGCCCGUCAGCAUGCCAAGCCUGGAUGAUGAUGGCGAGCAGUCGCAAAACAGUCAAAACUCCAACACGGAAAACGUACCGAUGGAGCUUGAAGAUAUGCAGAGCGGCGAAGGGCAGCAAAUUAAUUUGAUCCUCAACGAUGGACAGGUGCUGCAGCUCGACAAUCACAUCCUGACGACGGACGCGGAAGGUAACCAGAUACUGGUGCAGGGCACGGACACAGAACAGAUCCAGCAGCUGCUGCAGAGCGUCGGUGUGGUGAUGCAGGGCGGUGAAGGUCUUGGUGAGGGUGAAACGUUGCAAAUGAUUAGCGGCGAUGGAAACAACCAGAUGAUCCUCGUACAAGGCGCGGACGGACAGGAGCAGCUAAUUGACGCCUCGCUGCUCAACGCGGACGGUAACAUCGUCAUUCAGCAAUCCCAGGAAGGAGAACUGAACGCGGAAGGUACACACAUUACGACUGAGGACGGUUUGCAGAUACCGGUGUCGGUUGCGUUCACCACGUCCGGUGAAGCCGGUCACGAAGGUCAAUUGACGGUAUCCGUAGCAGACGGUAGCGAGCAGCAGUUGCAGCUGCAUCUGCAACAAACCGGUGCCGGUGAAGGCGACGAACAGCAUGCCGAUGAGACGGACGAGCAACAUCAUCAACAGCAGGGAGCGAUCCUGACGGAGAGUGGACAAAUUAUCAUCCAGUCGAAGGAACACGAGGAAGAAGAGGGCGCAAAGACCGCCGAAGAGAACGGAUCGGCAAACGACUCCAUCGCGAGCGAUGGUGUCUCUGCGGAGGGUGGCAGUCAAACGAAUGGUGGUGGUGUCGAAACGACGGCUAUGACACUGGCCGGUAGCUCGAAUGGAACAGUUACCACCACAACGACGACCACCACCGGGACGGCUUCGAACGCGGUAUCGUCAGCUAGUGCCGGUGAGGAUCAGAUGUUUAACUUUGACGAACUAAUCCAACCGCAGAUCGUAGUAAAGCAGCAAGUGAAAUAGGUUUUCAUAUGAUUAGAACCGUUUACUCCAACCUCUCUUUUGCGAGGAGCGUGACGAAAUGGGCGUUUUUAAAGAUUGCAGAUCGGCGGCGGCAACGAGUGGCCCUAAAAGGCGGGAUUGUGGCCCCCUUUACUCCACACUGCAUCAGCACGCAUCCGUGUGAGCUCUCCCAUACUAGCGGCUCCCAGGAACAGAGCGAUGAUCUGUUAAACAGAGAGUGGAGCUACAAAUAGAUCAAGGGAAAAUGAAUGACAAGCCAAGAUGAUGAUGUGUACAGGCUUUAAUGUAGGAGUGUUUUUGUUUUAAGAAUUCACGGAGUAGAUCACAUUGUAAAUAUUACAUCCACUUCUUGCUAUACAUUAUUAUAUCGUUUCUAAGUGCGCACGCAGAGCCGGCGGUGCUGAUGGAUGUAAACACAAAAACAUGAUCGAAUAGGUUUAUGUAAAACAAGGGCAGAUGUCAGCGGUGUAGAAUACAAUAGAGGAAUACAUAAUGUAAGCAUUAUGGUAUAGCACUUUGAUGGUGUGUAGUCCAUCCCCUUGACAGCCGCGGUAACAGAAGAUCAAGUAACGAAAGCAUUAAGGCUAUUGUUAUUAUCAGUAGCGGAACACAUGCAACAAACGCCCUUUCGUACAUGCACAUGAACAAGUUGAGGCUGUUGUUUUGGGUUUUCUCUAAUGGAAGGGAAAUACCGGUAAAGACAAGACACACACACGCGCGUGUUGUUUGAUCUGUUUGCUGCGCACUAAGGAUCAUACCCGCAGCAGUAGUGUUGCUUUUAUCAAAUAGGAUAACAGGUUCCCUAACCCACACCUUGAAGUGUGUUGUGCUAAUAUUUUAGCUCAGGUUAACCUGCAGCACUUAAGAACAUCCUAAAUGCGAGGCAGUUCCCUCACAAACACACAACACAAGCGAAUGUUAACGAUUCAUUCGGACAUUAGAUUUAUUGAUGAUCGUGUAAUGCAGAAAACAGCCACGUGAAUGAGAGAGAGGAAAGUGCGCUACGCUACAAAGCAGGGCGCCGAAAACAAUAGAGUUUAAUGUAAACAGAGAAAACAUAUGGCAAAGCAUGAUGUCUGCCUAUAUUAAUUUCAUUUGCCUUUUUUUUUUACUUUUCGGUUUGUUCAACACACUUUUCUUAUCCCUCAAUUUUUUUUACACUAAUCUUACUAUUAUUAUUACAAAAAAUAGUAUUAAGCAUAACA